AUGACCACCCCUACGAACGCCCCGAAGAAAAGCUGGAGAGACAUUAUUCUCGACUGGCUGGCGAAUUGGGUUGACAGUUUCGACAUCCCAGACGGCAGGGUUGGCAGGCCUGCUCAGAGCUCUGCCUUUGCCACGAACAACCGUAAACUUUUCCCCAGCCUUUUGGAGCCCUACCACGAGUUUGAGGAAGAGUGGAGGAAACUCGGUACCUUGAUCGACAAGCACAACGCUGAAAUCGACGCGCGAUUGGCCCAACGAGUCGCAGGCAAGGACGCGACCUCGGCCGUCGGCGCACCCAAGGCAACUCACUACUAG